GAAGUGUGCGAGUGCACUUGUUUUGUUGUUGGCUCACUUCACUGUUUGCUCGUUUGCGCGUCAAUUGACUCUCAGUUACUAAACCGAUUUCAAGAACCACGGACGUUCCACUCGGCCCUUGCUAGUGGCGUGUGCUACAAUUAAGUAACGGGCAGAGACUUUUGACAAAAAAGAAUAAUCCAAACCAAAAACAACAAUGAAAAACCACAAACUUGUUGGGAGAAAUAUGUAUACAUAACAAGAAAUGAAUAAAAAGACAUCCGAGCAAUACAUAUACCCAAACAAGAACCUACAGCAUACCAGUUGGAGGAACUGGGCUAUUUUAUAACUCGCCAAACCCCUUGUUCAAUACAACGACGACAACAAAACUUACCAAAAGCCAGAAAAUCGGACCCGAUAAAGUCAUCAUCAGCAAAUUGCACCGGUAUUUUCCAAAAAUCUUUAAAUAGCACCAGCCAUAUGAUUGAAGUGCAAGUCCCUAAUAAACUUUUAUUCAUGAAAAAGUUUUAAGAAAGCGUCGUCGCGUUGCCAAAUCACAGAGAAUCGACACAUAUGCAACAACAAGAGAAGAAAAAGCAAAAACCUUUUUGGUACACGUUCACCCAUUGCUAAAUAAAAGCCGACGACAAAAGACACAACACACAUCUGUAUAUAAUUUAAUAUUCAAAUAUGCCUUGUAAAUACAACAUAAAUAUAUAGGAUCUAGGCAACUACGCUUAUUACGACAACUAAAAGCAAGAUAAACACACCUUUUUCGAAUUUCAAAUUAACACGAUUCUCAUUCUAUACGAGAAACUUUAACAUUUACAGAUAUAUUUUUCACACGGUGAAACACUAAAACAUUAACUAAACAACAAUACCAACCUCCCCCACCAACAAGAAAAAACCAAGCAAAAAAAUACAAAAAGGAGAAACCCAAAAAAAAAUAAUAAAAGGAACAGAACUAAAGGGUACGAAACCAUCAAGCCACAGCAGUAGCCAAGUAUUCCAAAUUACCAUCAAUGUGCGGAUGAUCUGCAAAGAGCACUUAUAAACAGGACUCAUCGCUAGAAAACCACCAGAAGUCGCAGCUCAAGCUGCGCCCUCCCCCAUAACGGCCACCGAUCCGGAGACGGACCAGCAGACGUAACCGGUAUCAAACCAGGCCGGAGUCCCAGAUCCCGAACGUGGGCAGAGACCGUAGUGAAGGCCACGCCAAAAUGCAUAUUGAAAUCCAGGUCGCCCUGAACUUUGUCAUUUCCUAUCUUUAUAACAAGUUGCCACGUAGACGCGUAAACAUAUUCGGCGAGGAGCUGGAAAAGGCGUUGCGCGACAAGUUCCAGGGCCACUGGUAUCCGGAGAAGCCUUUCAAGGGCUCCGCCUACCGCUGCCUGAAGACCGGCGAUCCCAUCGAUUCGGUUCUGGAACGUGCGGCGAGGGAGAGCGGGGUGCCGAUCGGCGAUAUCCUGGAGAACCUGCCCAAUGAGCUCUCUGUCUGGGUGGAUCCCGGGGAGGUUUCCUUUCGCAUUGGCGAAAAGGGUGCCGUAAAGAUACUUUACACGGAGAACAAUGAGAACCACGAGGACAGUCACUCGGCGGACCGAGAGGUCACGAAGAUGUUUAAUCCGGAGGCCCAAUGCUUUCGUCCCAUCGACGCGGUGAACACGACCAUGAACAACCUGAGUCUGAGUCCCAAGGCCCUUCCCCUGGCGCUGCCCCAAGCGGGAUCAGGAUCCUCGCCGCAUUCGGCUGCCUCCAGCUCGCCCACCUACAAGGGCAGUCCGAACCCCACGAUCUCUGGCAGCUGCAGCUCGGGCUCUGGAGCGGGUUCCGGGUCGAACCUGGGGCCUGGACCCGGUCCGGCAACCGCUCCCGUUCCGGUGCCGGGAAAUAGUGCCACCGCCACCGCCAACGCCUCCGGCGGGGCAUUUAUGCAGCGCGGCGCCCAAACUCCAUUAACUUUUACCACGGCUACCUUCGCGCAGACUAAAUUCGGCAGUACCAAGCUGAAGACCAGCUCCAAGCGCACAAACAGUGCCUACCGCAUGUCGCCCACUGAGUUCUCCAACUACAUCAAGCAGCGCGCGAUGCAGCAGCAGAUGCACCACGGCCACGGAGUCGUCCCGUCCGCGGGCUCAUCGGUGUCGGCCUUCGGCGGCCUGGAAGCCGUGUCCCCUGCCCGCUCCCUCUCACCUAAUCCCCUGUCCUUGGGUGGAGGCCAAUCCGGCGCCGCCGCCGGUACACCUGCCGCCGACCCGUUCUACUACCCGAAUAUGGCAAUCGGCCUGUACCCGCCGUUCGGCAAUCCGCGGAACCUCUUUGAGCCGCACUUCAACGCGGAUGCCAGCCUGGGGCUCUUCGUCAGCGGCACCGGGAGUGCAGGAGCCAACAAGUACAGUACAUACCUGGAGCCAUGCUACUUCGGCGCCGGCCACCCCGGCAGUCACCAUCAGCAGGGCAGAGGAGCAUCCGGCGGCCUGGACCGCCCCAACAGGAGCGACAGCUCUUUCGGACUGAACGUGGAGUGCGGCGUGGCCCUGGUGGAGGAGACCUCACCGUCGGUAGCCCUGGCCAUUACCGGGGACUCUUCGGCUGACAACAGCCCCCUCAGCACUCCCACCGUAGGCGUGGUGCCCCCUCUGCCGGCAGCGACGUCCAGCCCCUCGACCGCUGGUGCCGCCACCGGAGCCGCCUCCACCACCAGUAGCCACCAGACGCAGCAGCCCGCUGCUCAGGAUUCGUCCCCGGGGAACAGCAACAGCAAGCUGAUUGACGGCAUAAGCUCCUUUUACGGCUCCGGAUCGUCGUACCAGCAGCUGUUGGUGGCCAACUAGAGUUCCCCCCUUAAGCAGUCACCAAGAGGAGGGCAUCCAGCAUAGGUACAAUGAAGGCCAGGCCAAACUACCACGAAAUUGAGGAUGGGAAGGGUAGAAUGGAGCUAGGUGGGGUGGAGUGGUGGUAUCUUCAGAGGAGGAGGGAGAACAACACAAUCCUGAGCGAUAAGGAUCCUUGCAAGAAAAACAGUCACAUUAAUUGCAUGUCUAUAGGAACGUUUCGAUACGAUGUUAGACACCCUCAGAACAGACACAGUCACAGUGUAUAAGCUAAGAAAAAGGAAGAGCUGUAUGCUGACGUAUAUACAGAUGCAUAUAAAUGUGGAUAGGGCCAAACACCGUGGAACUUGACCAGCGCUGUGUGGGGGCCUAUAAAUGUAGAUAUGCACGGGUCGUAUAUACAGAUAUAUAUCAGCCUUAACAAUACUUAUUUUAUUGUAAAUUCAGAAAAGAAGACAGCAUGAUACAGUUUCUCCCUGGUGUCAGAAGCAAGCUUAAUAUAAAUAACUAAAACUUAGUGUGCAUAGAAAAUUAAAGAUAUGUAAAAUGUAGCCAUAGGCACCUGUGUUUGCGACACAUCACACGCAAGGCAAGGAUAAGAGUAACAAACCCAUAAGCAGUCAGAAAUAAUACCACAAAUAUAUAUAUACAUGGACAACUAGAAUGUCUCAACUAACUGUUUUUACUUGUUAUGCAUAUGGACAUAUAUAUAUAUACAUAUAAAUAUAUUUAAUUAUCCAACUAAGGAGUAACUUUUACUUUAAGUUUUUAAUUAGUUGUAAACCAAAGAUAAGAUCAUUUUUGUAGAUCAAGUUGCUAAAAAACCACAAAUGUUUAAAAGUCAACACUAUUGAAUAUAAAUAGAGAUGCAGUCCUGACCUGUGAAGAAAGUUUUUAACAGUAGAAAGUCCUCCAUCCAAUUCUUUGUAUUUAUAUAUAAUGUUAUUUUGAUUUUGUACUUAUCUUAGAGCUACCUUGCAGACGAAAAUUUCAAGCAAUAUUAACAACAAUUUUUACUUUUACAUACCGUCAAAAGGUGUUUCGAGCUCAUUUGUCACUAAAAUUUAAGUUUGCUCUAGUACAGGUACCGGUAGAAUGGAACUUUUAUGAUCAUUAAUAGUUUUAUGAUAAACAUUCUGGUGAGUUAUUAAAGCUGAUUUUGUUGAAAUUUCUUUUAAAACAACCAGAAAAGCAGAUUCAUUAAAAAUUCAAAUGCAGAUCGGAUCCAUUCUAUAAAAUCUUUUGCUUUCAAAUGUACUUUUAAGUAGGUAAGGCGUUAUUUAUGUUUUAAAAACUUUAUAAAAAACAAACAGACUCCAAGAAACUUGUUUAUUUCACGUUACUUUUUGGUUGUUUAGAUUUCUGAAAAAACCGCUGAUAGAUUGAAAAAUUAAAAAAAACGAUCGCAAAAUCCUUUAUUUUUACUCAAACGUUUAGACUGAAUAUGCAGUGUAGCCCUGUUAUUGAAAGUAAACACAUAAAAGCGUAACAGAAACCAAAACUUUGCCCCACACCUGAUCAAAAUGAAAUAUUUCUAAAAAUCAAGGACUAGCAAAUAAGGACUUUCCAUUUUCUCAGUUUAGUUUAAUAGCGUUAAAAAUGUGACUUUGUCAAAACAGUAGGCAAAAAUAUCGAUUUUUUUUUGUCUGAUAUAUAAGGCAUAAACCUCUAGGUCUUAAGAUAUCCACUAAUUUCGCCCUGCCCAAAACAUUAUUUGUUCAAUCACUUGACCUAAUUGACAAGAACUCAUGUACUAGGUAAAUUGUAACAGGUAUUUGUAAUUCCUGUCUGAUGGCUAUUAACAUGUUUUGAUUUUAAUAAGAGUGCCAAGGUUGUCGUGACACUGCUAGUGUUUUUACCCCUAGAUACAAGUGUGCAAGCUGUAAAAAACUUUCGAGUAAUCUAAAACCUAAAAAAAUUACAAAAUUAAAGAAAAUUUAUAUUUUCGUUGUCUGUUAUAUUGUAUGUAUUACCAUUUGACUUUGUAUUUUUUUGUAUAUAUAUAUAUAUCUAUUUUUAUAUAAACAUUUGUAAUUUUUAUAAAUCGAGUACAGUAAAAAAACAUUUUAUACUUUUUAUAUGGGCUUACGUAAAAAUACCUUGCGCUAUAUGAAUGCUUACUUUUAUUAAAAAAAUUAAAUACAAGAAACCAAGAAAGCAUUUUUGUUUAAUUUAUUACUAGUCCCCAAUGUAACAUAUGAUGUUAAUGUAAAUAUGUAAUUUUCUUUGUCCCAAAAUGAAUGCAAACACUUCCUAAUAUAUGUUGGUUAAAGCAAGUA